UCUAUUUUUGAAUACUCAUUAUUCUUGGAGAAUGGGUUAAAUAUUCUUGGAGUUUUUCCGGCCUUUCUCCUUAGCCGGAUAAACAUACAUCGUCAAUCAUCUCUUCGCCACACAAGAGAUGGUGGAAUCAGAGGGAGGCAUGUGAGAUAGAAGAGCCGAAGACUCCCUCCUUCCUACUUUGGGUCGGCUUCUGUGGAGCGGGAGAAUCCGCAGCAAGUAAUCAGCCUCAAGAACCCCAAUCCAAGACGGAAUCGAAAAUCAGAGCAACUUCUCAAGGGAUUAUUGGUUGCAGAAAAGGAUAUGCAAGUUCUCAAAGACAUUGUCCCAGCUGCAUUCAACAAUAUAAACACGAAAUUCAUAGUUUUAGACAAAGGAAGAUCAUCAUCAUCAGCAGACACACAGCAACAGAAGACAUGCUUGGCACUAGUGGCUGAUGAGACCGCAUCCGUCCAUUUCCAGAUGUGGGCUGAUGAGUGCGACCAGUUUGAGCCCGGCGAUAUCAUCACUCUGUCGAAUGGCAUUUUCUCGUAUGCCAAUAUCGCCCCCCACCGCAACAUUCUUGUGUUGAGAGCCGGAAGGAGAGGUAGGGCAGAAAAGGUGGGAGAGUUCACUAUGUCCUUUGUUGAGACUCCUAACCUGAGCGAGAUUCAUUGGGUCCCUGAUCCCAGUAACCCCAAGGUAUAUGUUCAAGAUCGUGUUAUUUCUCCCUAUUCCCGGAUUUUUCCACCUGCACACUGACAUUGUGUUUGGCUCAAGGAAUUUGAAAGUGAAAAGAAGAGAAAAUGAGAUGGAAAACAAUUUUUCUUGCUGGGUGAGAGAGGAAAAGAAAAAAAAUCAAAGGAAAAGAAAAUGGGGAAAAUGAGAGAACCAUUUUGUUUUAUUUUCCUUGAACCAAACAUAGUGUAAAUCUUUCCUUUCAACUCUACUGUUUUGCUUUUGUGAUCAACUUGUGUUGUUUAAGGAUAUAUAAAAUGUAUUCUGUUGAUGAUAACAAUUGACUUUCUGAGAUGUACUAUUGAUUUUAGAUCAUAGUCAGUCCAUUUGUCAAUGGAGUUUGAAAGAUUCAUUAUUUGAUAAUAUUUUUGCUUCGAAUUAAUAAUAGACUAGAUCUUGU